AUGGCACCUAUUCUCCUAACGCCUGAACUCAUCCAGCGCAUUAUAUACUUUCUCAUCCGUGAUUGGACUCGCGAUAGACACCCUCUCCGCCGAUGCGUCGGCAAGUAUGCGGCCGUUAGCCCCCUUUGGCAGGAUACAAUUGAGCGCAGGACUUUUGCCACGCUGUAUCUUGAUCUGGAGCGACUCUCAGAGGUCAACUCUAUCGUCACCCCUCGGCGCCGUAGGUAUGUACGCGAGAUCUUGCUGGAGGUUGUGCUGCCAUGGCCUGGACCGCGACAAAAUCCCGAGAAGGACAAGGAGAAGCUGAGGAACAAUCGCGCACUACAAGCCACGUUUGAAGCUUUUCUGCAGUCGCUAAGUCAGUGGUCUGCGGAUGAGCUGCAUUCAGGCGGCAUUGGGCUCCGUGUUUUCGCGCCUCUACCUGUUGAGAAGAGACUUGACUCUCCAUCAUGGAGAGGGGAGAGGGGACCCAUGUGGAAACGCAGAUAUGCGGAAUCAGUGUUGGAGCUGACGGACCCGGCUCGCAUUCUGCAACAUUCUCCUGUUGUGGCCAUAUCCGAAAUCAAGAUAGAUAGGCCAAGCUUUGAGGAUCGCCACAUCUCUGCAGUGGCUAUUUGCACUUUGUUAGCAAAACUGCCCGCAGCAAAGCAAGUGCACGUUAACUGGUGGAAAUGGAGGCGAUUUUCGAGAAUGCGGACUGACCUUGCUGAUGCCUUGUCUCGAAUCAAUCAUACCAUCGAUGACUUUGAUAUCUGCGAUGACAGCUAUUCUAGCAUGAGUCGGUCUCAAGUGCCUCCAACUACUACACUUUCAAGUGAAGGAGAAGAUGGGCUUUCCAGAGCUUUCCACAUCCUAUCCCAGCGCUUGAAGACGCUUUACAUCGAUGGCAUCAUAGUCAGCGACGAACUAUUCUUUCCUCGGACUCUCUCUGUGCAUAUGGCAGAGCCGCUAUGGGAGAGGCUGGUCACCUUCCAUUUGUGCUAUCCGCCCGUCACUCCGUCGGGUGAAUGGCUCUUCGUUCCCGACCCAAAUGCCUCGGAGGACUCGGAGGACGAAAACUCCAUGGAUAACGAUUGGAUAAGCACCACAUCAAGCCAGGAGCCUAGAUCUGAUCGAUGUAUUGCAACACCAGCUAUGCAGCAAUUUUACAUCGCUGCAGGGCGCGCGGCUCUCCAGAUGCCAGCGCUGGAAGACAUGACGCUCGUUGCGGGGCUCGACGUGGGACUGGGAGUGGACGACGAAUAUUGGCACAAAUUCUGGUAUCAUGCAGAAAGAUCAACGGCCGAAGCGCUGUGGACAAGCAACUCUGGAUUUGUUCCUGACGAUGAUGUUUUGGAGUGUUGGCGAAAAGUACCGAGGAAGUACUUGAAGGGGGAGCUCGAAGUGGAGAUCUCAAGUGACCCGAACGCUGCAUAG